AAUUCUGCCCCGCGUCGCUGAAGCCACGGCGCGUCUCCUGAACCGACACGCGACAGAUGCAUGCUCAUCGUCUUGCUGCCGUCUCGACGCCCGGGCACCUAACCAAGACAGACUCGACGAACAUGACGAGGUGACGCGACAUAACCAACUGCAACAACCAUCACACGACGGCGCGCAAUGGCGCUCCCCAUGCCCCCGGGCCUCACUCACGCCGAGGUUGCCUUUCUGGCCGAGAUGGAAAUGGUCACCAUCGUCCCGCGACAGCGCCUCGAAAGCAUUGACUUGCUAAGCGGCCAAACCCCGCCUCUACGGCCGCCUCACCGCGCCCAGCUCCCGCUGUGGUUGGCACUCUUACUCAAAAAGCAACGACGCGCCAACAUUGUGCCGCCGCCCUGGCUGCACCCCGCCUCGCUCUCCGAGAUCAUCCAUCGCGAGACCAAAGAAAACCCACAGACCUUCUCGCCCCCGCCUCCCCCGCCGGCCCACGCGAACCCCCACGACCCCGGCCACGCCCGCCGCCUCGCCGACGCCGACGCCGACACCAUCCUGUCCCCGCCCUUCCAGCCCUCGUGCACCGCCAGCGCGCCCGCCGGCUACCUGCCGUACCACUGGCUCGAGGUGGCCGAGGCGCUGCUUGCGCACGCGGGCGACGACAUGGCCGCGCCGGCUGGCGAGGUGCGCUCUCUGCUGCGCGACCUAGUCGAGGUGCGCGCCGCUAAGAUGCGCAGUAGUACCUCGGUGCUGGGCGGCGCUGAGAACGGGCUGAUGGAGCUAACGGGCGUUGGCGCCAUCGAGCUGGCCGAGAGCAGGGGCUUUGUGCUGGGCGUGGUCGAUGGCGUGCGCAAGAUCGGCGCCAGCGCCGAGGCGGCACGGCGGGAAGACGAAGAACAAGGUAGCGGGAUACAUGACGACGGCGGAAGCGAUGAUGACAUGGGGAUUUGAGCGGGGUCGUCUGUCGAAGACUGAAGUCUCAAACGUCGGUUCAAAGGGGGUUGCUUGGCUGCCGUAGCACCAUGUCGGGGCAAGGUCCCAGACACCUUCACGCCAGCAGUCGAGGGCCAAUAAACGAUGACCCCGAAACAACUUUGCUCAAAAAAUGCCGAGCUCGCCAGGUGAAGGAAGACAUUUGCUUCCAUGGCGCCGGUGGCAGAGAGAGGAGGGACACGACGAAAGGACACACCAUUAUAGGAAAGAGUUUAGCCGUUUGAGAGAACCAACGGCAUGAGAGAGACGACGCAUCGAACCAAAACAUCGGUUCGUAUCUACACAGCAAAUACAAGGCUCCAGCUUUGCUUCAAGUCUGUUCCUGCCCUCUCCAUGCCGUAUACAGCGUUCUGAAA